GCUUUGUCCACCAUGGUGUCCUCUCGCCUUCACCUGUUACUCGGCAUACUGCUCUUCUGUGCUGCUGGCACGAGCGUCUUCGCCAAAAGCGCACUGAAGGGUAUGAGCCAAGCGAUGGACCUCCGGCGAAAGCAGAUGGAGAGAUUCCAGACGCUCAUGGCUCCAGCCCAUACCCAAGCUGAAUCUCUCGCCAAAAGGGAUGCUCUAAUAACUUUUAAAAACCCAAAAGCGAAGGAGUUCUACGUCGAUGGUACCAAGAUUCCCGAGGUGAACUUUGACGCUGGCCCCUCCUGGUCAGGCUUGUUGCCAAUUUCCGGCCAUGCCAACGAGACGCGGAAAUUGUUCUUCUGGUUCUGGCCGACGAACAAUGCCUCGAACGUGAACGACUUAUUGUUCUGGACUAACGGUGGUCCUGGAUGCUCUUCCUUGGAGGGCUUCUUGCAGGAGAACGGCCCUAUAUCUUGGUCUUGGGGCCAAUCGGAACCUACGCCGAAUCCUUGGAGCUGGACGAAUUUGAGCAAUGUACUUUGGGUUGAGCAGCCCGUCGGGACCGGGUUUUCUCAAGGCGUACCCGACAUCAGCAAUGAUGAUGAGCUCGCUGCCCAAGUCGCAGGUUUCAUGGAACAAUUCUUGGAGGUCUUUUCCGAACUGAAGGGCAGCAACUUCUGGGUCAGCGGAGAGAGCUAUGCAGGAUAUUACGUUCCAUACAUCGCAAACUACCUCUACGAGCACCCCAACCCUCACCUUCACCUUAAGGGCAUCUGGAUUUCUGACCCGACCAUCAGUUGGUUCCUUGUUCAGUCUGAGAUACCGGCUCUUCGCUUUGUCCAGGCAAACGAGAACGUGUUCCCUUUCAAUUCCACCGUCCGCGCACAACUUCAAAACAUUUCCGAUGCUUGUGGCUUCACCGACUACCUCGACCAUGUCACGUACCCUCCCACUGGGCUCUUGCCACUGCCUCGUGGAGCGUUCCUUGAUCCGGACGGCACCGUAGACUUCGGUGACGACUGUGAGAUCAACGGGCUGAUACAAGAACUGGUCACAGAGAUCAACCCUGUGUUCGACAUCUAUCGAGUUACGGACACAUUCCCGAGUCCCUGGAGUGUUCUCGGCUUCCCUCAGUCGACCCAAAAGUUCAUAUACUUCAAUAGGACUGAUGUGCAAGACGCCAUCCACGCCCCCCACAUUGAUUGGGAGAUCUGUUCUGAGGAGAAUGUUUAUGUCGGCUUUGGGGAUACAAGUGUACCACCAGCGGCAAACAAUGUCCUACCCAAUGUUAUUGAGAAGAGCGAAAGGGCUGCAAUCGUGCAUGGUCUAGCGGACAUGAUUCUCAUUGCCGAAGGCGCAAGGAUCGCAAUCCAGAACAUGACGUGGAAUGGCAAGCAGGGUUUCCAAACGCCUAUCGAGCCGGAGUCGUUCAUUGUCGACAACAUGGGGGUGUACGGUAACUACCACACCGAGCGAAACUUGACAUACGUCGAGUUCUACUACAGUGGACAUCAGACUCCUCAAUUCGUGCCUUGGGCUGCUUACCAGACGAUUGCUUACGUUCUGGGGAAGCGCGACUCGCCUUCGGCAUAA